AUGUACGGAAAGUAUCUGCAACAAAAGCGUGCCGCCAAACAGGAAUCUCGCAUCCAGCGACACAAGGAAGCCGAAGCGCUGGGUGACGACGCGCCACCGAAACAGGCGCCCAAGACGAUUGACAAUACCCGCGAACUGGAACCCACCAUGGUACUGCAGGAUCCUGAAGUCGCCGCUGACGAAGCUGAAGACGAGUUCGCGCCCUACUUUAACGGCGAAAAGCCCAAAGUUUUGAUUACCACGCGACCACGGCCCUCGCAGAACCUCUUUCACUUUAUCGCCGACUUGCAGAAACUCAUACCAGCUUUACACUUUUAUCCCCGAAAAUCCUAUUCCGUCAAGGAAAUUUGCAGCUUUGCGGCCAAUCGCGAGUUUACGCAUUUGAUUGUUCUCUCGGAAAAGUCCAAAGUCUGCAACGGCCUUACGCUUUCUCAUUUGCGCAUGCACGACGGCGUCGCCAAAGCCGGACCAACCGCCUUUUUCAAAGUCUCCAACGUAGUAACGAGCAAGAAAAUACCAAAUCAUGGGGCGAGCACAUCGCAUAUUCCGGAAUUGAAUUUGCACGGGUUUGGCACUCGACUGGGUCACCGGAUUGGUCGUUUGUUGGGCAGCGUCUUUCCACACGACGCCCAGUUUCAGGGGCGACAAGUUGUCACCUUCCACAAUCAACGUGACUACAUCUUUGUUCGUCAUCACCGUUACAUCUUUCGUGAACUGGAAGGCAAGGCCAAGGAUCUGCAAGAACUGGGACCGCGGUUUACGCUCAAGCUUCGGUGGAUCCAGGAAGGAACCUUUGACACACAAUUUGGGGAAUACGAAUGGAUUCACAAACGAAAAGAAAUGGACACAACGCGAAGAAAGUUUCAUCUGUAA